AUGGGGAAAGCAGACCUAUCUAGUGCCCGGAAGUGGUACCUGUGCCUGGCGGCGACCGUGGGCGCGCUGGGGCUCGUACUGUUGACCUGUGGGCUGGUGGGCGUACUGGAGUAUCACCGAGUUGACGUGCUUCCCUACUAUGCCGGGGGGCUGGCCGCGGGGCCGCUGGCCCUUCUGAUGGCGAUGACGAGCGCCUGUAUCUCGAUGUGCACAAGAAGGGCCGACAACUCCGGGCAGAGGAUGGCUGUCGUGAGGCGAAUGGUUGUAUUCCAGUCCCUUGUUUUAGCGGUUCUGCUGACGUUCGCGUGCAUAUUGGGCGUAGUUUUCGCUGUUGUGGGCGGGGUCUCUGACGCCGGUUAUGACGUCACGCCAAUACUGGCCAAUAGAACAAUAUCAUGGAUUAUACUGAUCGCAUGCCUUCUAGCGCUAGGUGCUGUGUUGCUAAGCUUCUGUAUGUACUGUAUCUGCGCCAAGGUGUUUGGCCUUACUGUAGGACCGGUUAGCCGGAGCCACGCUGAGCACCACAGCAGCGUCAUCACCGCGCAGACGAACACGAACAUCGUCAACAACAACAACACGUUCAUCCAACAGUCGCAGACGAUCGGAGCAAACAACUUCAGUGACGCACAUGUGCAGUCUUUACAGCAGCAGAACCAGCUUCUGCAACAGCAGAUAGCGUUACAGCAGCGGCUAAUUCAGCAACAGCAGCAGCCUCGUGUGGGCGCUCUGCCGUUUCCGCCCGCGGAGCCUCCGCCUCCCUACUCGCCACCGGACCCAGGGCAUCGGGAACCAACGGCUCCCCCACCCAGCUUCGCGGAUAGCAAAACUUGAACAUUUAUGUCGAAAUUAUUACUGACGCAUUGAUGUACAAAUACGACAUAUAACAUUCUACUUUGUGUGCACGUGAAUACCGUUUUUGUAGAUGCGUAUCCUUCUAAAACAUGUUUGUUUCA